UGCGGCAGUUCGCACUGCGGCGCUACCUUCUCAGGACAUGACGUACUCGGGGCAUUCGUGCAGUAAUCACAGUCAGUGUACGUUUCUGACGACUCGCUCCUUUGUACUUUUCGCGUUUUCGAAAUAAAUAAGAGUAAAGCGGUGGGUGUCGUGAAGCAGGGUGUCAUAGCAAGAACCGUGUGGGACUGUGGGCGUCACGAGUGACAGUUGGUCUAAUUCUUGAAUAGGGUGUGGGCCACAACGCCAGGAAACAUUAGCAGGACAGUUCAGAAUCGGAGCGUUCAGAGGCUGAGGACUCAAAUGAUUUAGGGGCCAUCGUCAGCCCCAAGAUCUGCGCGAUGGACACUGUGGACAGUGCCAGCAAACGGCAAGCUACUCGAGUCUUCAAGAAGUCUGGCCUAAAUGGAAAGAUCACAGUGUACCUUGGGAAAAGAGAUUUCGUCGAUCACAUAACCCACGUUGAUCCUAUCGACGGGGUCGUGCUGAUUGACCCGGACUACGUGAAGGAUCGCAAGGUCUUCGGCCAUGUUCUGGCCGUAUUCAAGUACGGCAGGGAGGACCUGGAUGUUCUCGGGCUGUCGUUCCGCAAGGACCUCUAUCUGGCUGCGGACCAGAUCUACCCCGUGGUCCCCGGUUCCCAACAAAGGGAGCUCACACGGUUGCAGGAGAGGCUGAUCAAGAAGCUGGGCAGCAAUGCCUACCCUUUUUACUUCGAGCUGCCACCGCACUGUCCAGCAUCGGUGACGCUGCAACCUGCACCAGGGGACACUGGCAAACCCUGCGGUGUCGACUACGAAUUCAAAGCGUUCGUAGGUGAGACGCAGGACGAGAAACCGCACAAACGGGACCUAGUAAGGCUGGCGAUACGAAAGAUCAUGUACGCGCCGUCGAAACAAGGGGAGCAGCCUUCGGUCGAGGUCAGCAAAGAAUUCGUGAUGUCGCCCAAUAAACUCUACCUGGAGGCGUCGCUGGACAAGGAGCUGUACCAUCACGGGGAGAACAUCGCCGUGAACGUUCACAUAGCGAACAAUAGCAACAGGACUGUUAAAAAGAUCAAAGUGACCGUGAGGCAGUUCGCUGACAUCUGUCUGUUCUCCACGGCACAGUACAAAUGCACGGUCGCCGAAGCGGAGAGCGAGGAGGGGUGCCCGGUGGGGCCAGGUUUCACGCUGAGCAAAGUGUUCUUUCUGACACCGCUUCUCGCCAACAACAAAAAUAAAUGGGGGCUUGCCCUCGACGGCCAGCUCAAACACGAGGACACCAAUCUGGCGUCCAGCACUCUUGUGGUGGAUCCUUCGCAGCGCGAGAACCUUGGGAUUAUCGUACAGUACAAAGUCAAAGUGAAACUUUGUCUUGGCGCACUUGGAGGUGAAUUAGUCGCGGAAUUGCCAUUCAUUCUGAUGCACCCGAAGCCGGAAGAGGAAGAACCGACGCCAUCCACCACGCGUCCAAGCCCGACGCAAAAAGCAGACAGCGGUGAAAUACCGCUCGACACGAACCUCAUCCAAUUGGACACAGAAGCUUACGGCGAAGACGACAUAAUCUUCGAAGACUUCGCUCGUCUCAGGUACAAAGGCGAGACAGAGGCCUGACCAAGUCGUUCCGACACUAUUCACUUAUACGAAACAGCAAAACGUCCAAUGUUUCGAAACGCUGCAUCGCCGACGAAGCUAAUUUCAUAAAAAAAAAUUCGAUUCGAUGGGAAUUACCUCGCGAUAAAAAAGAAAAGACAGUACACCGGAACCAAAUACGAUACUUCGCGAACUAUCGCGAGAGGAACGACCGGGGAUCGAACAGGAUCUACGUCAUGGUAGCAUUGUUCGUUCGGAAGAAAAGAAAGCUCGUUCGAGCCACGAAGUAACGAAAACAGUUGUAUCGUUCGACAAAUCUAUUGCUAAAGAAUUCGUUUCCAAUCUAUUUACCGGUUCUAUGGCGGAUCGCUGUCCGACACGGGACAAAACACACCCUCAGAAUGAUACUAAUUGCUGCACAAAAAAAAGAAAAAAGAAAAAGAAAAAAAAAUGCAACGUGUUCUCCAAGGAGAAGAACAAACUAUCAGCGAACGAAUAUGCUCGACGAAAGUUUGUCGUUGGGAAAACGCUGCUCGUCGUGACGGAGCGCUUACGCUUUGACGCAUUUUAUUCGUGACAAGUAACGAAGCAUCAAAGACUGAACACACCGUUGAAGGAGGAUAUCCAAAAAUCUUAGCCAAUGACGUAUAUUUAUUAUAGCUCUAUCGAUUACAAGUGACGAGAGAUGGUCUUUCGAGGACGGUCUGCUCGGGAACCACGUCGAAGACUAUUCGGAGGCGAAACGAAAGUCUCUGGAUGGGGGACUAUAAACGGGCAGAUGUUUCUGUAACUUUAAUUAUAUGGCCAGUAUUUAAUGUAAUGCAGCCAGUGUUACACGUUGAUUCGCGCAAAAUUAUUCCUAUCAGUCGUAGACUUGUCGUAUGCGUACGUUUCUGCUCAAGUCGAAAGAAACUCGCGCUUCUUUAACGAGUACUCAAGGAAGAGAAAACGGUCGUCUUUGUUAGGUCAGACACACGGACUAGUAUUUAUUUAUUUGUUCCCGUAGAAUUACGAUAGUUAUUUUUUUUGUGGAUCGUUUGGCCAUACUGCAGAGAAAAAUACACGUUGUACGUUACGGUUUGUUUUCACCUUCUUAAGUGACUUACAAGGGUUGAGGGUACACAGGGCGUAUAUAGAUCACGUAGAGAGUAGAAAUUCAAUUUCAAAUAUUUAACUAUUUUUUAUUUUCUUGUUGCAACUUGGAAACUAUUAAAAAGUUUAAGAAAAAUUCAGCAAGAUAGAUCUAGUUUUAAGAAGUGACUCUUGUCUGAGAAUCUUUUUUCUAUCGUGCAUAGUUUCGAAGUUACAACGAGAGAAUCUAAAAUAGCCAAAUACUUGGAGGGUGAAUUUUCUACCCCUUACGGUGAAUUUGAUUACACACGAGCUACACACUCCCAAAGUUUAAGAAUUUUUUUAAUUUCUGGGUAGGGGAUGGAGCAUCCCUUGUUAGACUUACUGUAGACGAAUUUGAACGGUAGACUUAGAGAUAAAGAAUCUGUUUAUGGCCUGAACAGCUGAACGGUAGAACAGUGGGUGGGUGAACUGAAGUAUUGUUCUCCCUACAGUUUUUCUGGCCUGGAAUUCAGUGCAUUUAAAUUUUUGUUUUCACGUUAAUUUGAUAUAUUGAGUUUCGUUGGUAACAGAGGCGGCCAUAUUUGUUAAACUAAUCAGGCUACAGGCUACAGCCUUUUCUAACAUUGAACUUCGAAAGAUGAAAUCCAUGGUUUUGGUAACGCAAUUAAUGCGAAUCUUGACUUGAUCCUGUAUUUAACGAUGUCACGGAGCAGUAUUUAUUGUUAAUAUGCAUGUACACAUUUAAAAACGACAAUUUUUACUGUCAGAUAUGAUAGAGGUUUCUGAACGUGGAAUGCGAUUUCAAUGUCUUGCAAUCAUAUAAAUUGGUUAUAUAAGAGGUUUGAAUUGGUAAUUUAGGGUUACAUUACAGAAUGACUGGAUCAUUGUCAAGUAUCUAGGGCUAUGUUAUAGAGUUACUGUAUCGUCAGGUACCGGAGAAUUGUAAUAAAGUAUAUUAUAAAAUAUUUGACAACUACAAUAGAAUAUAUCACAGUAUGUAUCAGGAACCUGAUCCUAGACUAUAACAUUAGUACGGCAUAAUAGAUGUAUUGGCAUUAUUGUAGUUUAAAGCAGUAUUACUAUCACAAUGAAAGUUUGACACUAUACUGUAUCAGACUCUGCAGUAGCAGUCGAACUUGGGACCUUGAUAAAGUCAAUUGCAAUGCUAGCAAACGAUUGAAAUCAUUUUCCAAGAGGAAAUAACUUACGCGUGGAAGCCUCUAACGAUCGUAUCUGUACGAACCUAUGAAAAGGCUGUGAGAGCCUGAACGAUCUCAAACGAAUUUCUAUCUCGAAACAUUGCCUGAACGAUACGAUUGUAAUUUCUAAUCUUUCGACCAGCGUUUGCGACUUGAGACCAUCGCGAACAAUUAUUGAAACAAUGCGUUACAUUGACCGUAGAUAUAUCUUUGUAUUUAGCGUUUUACACACGCGAUCAAAGUUCACGUUUUAAAGAUGUUUUUUGUAUUACCUAAUACCGAGUGACACACACACGCGUCAGGAUUUCUUUAAGA